AUGGCUCUGAUGCAAUGGUGCCAGCUGCUACACGCUUAUUCAGAGCAGCUCAGCAAGCGGCACGGCAUGCAGUUCGUGCGCAGCCGAAGCAUCCACAGCAUAGCGUGUGUGCAUUGGCUCGUGCAGGCAGAGAACGAAAGCGCCUGGAAGUCAGAGUGGGCUCCUUCUUGGAUAGGGACCAAGAUUCAACGGACCAAUGAGAACCAUGCAGUUCAUCAGCGGGACAUUAUAGAUGUCGACGCCAAGCAAAGCGACAAGGUGAAGGGGCCAGUGGAAGUCGUGGACAUCGGCAGCAAUCCUUCGGGUGUCGUCCGGGCCUCGCACAGGAUAGCUGUCACCAAGGACGGCACGCAUGUGCUUCCGAAAUUGCUGAGCAAGUUUUCCCUGAACAGCCUGGCAUUCUGGAUGGGUGUUGGCACGGCAAGGAAUUCGCUGUGUGAUUUCUAUCUGGACGAACAGCGACGUGGAUUUGAGGGCUUGACAUCGGAGGAUCCCAUGUCCACGAUCGGCUAUCAGCUUGAGUUUGAUGAAACUGGCCAGAUACUUCGUCUUCGAAACGAGCAGGCCAGCGCCGAAACGAACACAACUCUGUCUGUUUUGGCAGCUUGCCUGAAAACGAUACAUGUGAUGCUUCUGAGUUCCGAGAUCAAGACAGUCCAUAUUUUCCUGUCAGAGAACAUAGAGAACAUUGAAGCUGUUCGAUGUUACCAAGGUGUCGCGGGCAACGCUGCUGGUGACUGUGGUGAAUCCACCGGCUGUGCUGCAACGGAAGACGGCUGCAUCUUUAUGGAAGGGUAUCGAGCAAACGCAGCCGGUAUCUCCGAUGAGCAUCAAGCGAAUCUGACGUCUGAGAUUCUAUGGAAGACGCUGGACGUCCUACCAGACCUGUUUUGCUUUGCAUCGAUCUUGCGGCAGGGGAGCCUCUUCUACGAAUUGCUGGUGCAAUGCCGUGAGAUUGUCGAGAAAACAGAGAUAUCCUACGAGCCGUCCUGUGCUCGCAUCGGAACCAAUGCUGACGCAGACAGUCUCCGGGGACACAACAUGGAGGUGCUGCUCAAAAUGGCUAAUGGGGCUUCCACGGAUUGCUGGCGCAUGCUUGGCGGCGACUCUAUGCUUCCGAUGCCUCCGUUGCCAGAGAGGUUUUUGGGAGUGGUUAUGGCUGAUGAUGGCGCGGCCAUGCAUGAGAGUGUUGCGGCCGCCGAGGAUUCGCCAGACAGGCGUACGGUUGCGCAACAUGUGCAGGCUGAGGCAGCUGAGGAGCCUCCGCCUGCGUCAGGCGGCUCGGUCCCAACUGCCGGUUCAACAGGUGGCUCAACGGUGACCGCGCCGAUCGCACCUGGUGUUGAAGCGGUUGAUAUGGCAGCCUUUAUCGACCGGAGCCAUCGGUUCAUGGACUGGGCGAUCAACAAGUUCAAGAACAUCGAAGAGAACCAGAUCAGGCUCAGGAACCACUUUGAACAGCUGGGGCGACGGUAUCCCGAAUUGGCUCUGCCUGCUGGCCCGCCUCCUCCCACGCCGGUCGGAUAUUCGGCUACAGCUCCGCCUCUGAUAAUGGAUCAUCGGGCAGAAGGUGAGGAAAGCGAGAGCAGCGCAUUUGCCAAUGACGAGGCGCUCGCAGCCGGCAUCGUCAAUGAUUCUGCGGGGACGGGGUCUGAUGACUAUCAUCGGGUCCAGAGGUUCAAAUUCUUCAAGGAGUCAUCGAACCAUCAAUGGCUUGCUGACGAUCCUGCGUCACUGCCGGCUGUGGCGAUGACGUCAUCUAUCAGGUCACCAGCAGCGAGGGCUAUUCGAGAGUAUGCAGAUAUGAUGCUGCAGACUCCGAAACUUCUUGAAGGCUUGGAUGCUGAUGAUAUCCAGAUGGCGCAUUUCAGCCUCCACUCCAUCAUGGGGCACACGUGGCAUCGGCUCGUGCUACCAUUCCAGGUUUGGCCGAUGAAGCUUUCAUUGAUCCUGGACGACACGCUGUCCGAUGAUGAGAAGCGGCAAACGAACACGGCCCCGAAGAUCUACUUCCUGGUGGGCAGUUGUACCCUCUGGUCCGAGUCCUACAACAAGUACAAGAUGUCCACCCGUGGCCGUGGACAAGGCAUUGCCGGAAUGGUCGGUGUUGAAGCGCAUGCAAAGGCAGCAAAGUUCAUCUUGACCGAGAUCCAGAAGGAACAUCAUCGGAACACUGAUGUGGUUUAUCUGUCUGAGAGUCUGAGAGAUGCGAUCCAGGACAAACCCAAGCAAUACAAUGGUUUCACAUUCUACAUGGCGAACUGCUUGCAGAAGAAGGUGACGGAGUCCGGAGAAAGCUCAGAGGACUCCCGCAAGCGUGUGUGGAACGAGGCCGUUGCACGAUGGAGGAGCAGUCCGAGUCUGAAGGAGGCCGAGCGUGAACGCCAACAGUUGCUUGUUGGUGCGGAUGCCGAUGCUGAAUUGGUUCCUAAUGAUGCUGAUCGAAACGGGCGGGGCGAUCCGAGCUACAGCAUUACCAAGUUCGACCUUGCAGGACUCUCAGACACGAACUUCGCGGUAAGUGAGGCAAACCUGCACAAGGCUCGAGCGGCCUACAGCGGCAACUGGAUUAAUGACAAGCACCACCACUUUCGCAAUACAUAUGGAUCCAUGAUGGUCAGUGCAGACACCGCCACCGGUCAGGAAUCUGGGGAUGAGGCUGUCUCAGAGUCUGCGUGUCAAUCAGUCUAUUGUCCAGGGAUUUGCCGCAGGCUUGUUGACAGGGUCAGAGAGCGGUACGAUGUGUUUCAGGCUGAAUGCAACGCGUUGCUCAGACGUCUGAGAUCUGUCAGACGCGAGAAGGGAUAUUUGCCUUUUCAUGGUAUCUUGAUGGUGAUGAACGAGCAAAGCAAAGCUCUUCUGCAGGUACACUUGCUCGCUCGUGUGUCGUUUUCUCCCUUUGACUUCUCAGCUGUGCAGAUGCGACUUCCACUGCAAGCUGACCUGCCGGUUCAUGUAGACACUGACAUCUGCGGUGCGAGUCCGAAUGCGAGUGUUACCCUGCGCAGCAAAGCUCAGCUUCUGUAUGAGCUGGCUGCAGUGGGCGGAUGUGUCUUGGCCACAACAAGCUACAGAGCUGUUUCCUUGAGAACAAUAGUUCUUGAUGGUGAUGAUGCUGUGGAGCUGCUGUCCGUUGUGCGGGCGGGUGGAAGCGGUGGCCCUGUGCAUGUCCCACGCAGAGCCGCCGGAGGAGACGACUCGGACACUGACAAGGAGGAAGCCGCUGUUGGUCAGCUGCAUGGGAUGCUGAAGCGUGUCUUCAUUCGAAAUGUUCCCAGAUGGUGGCUGUGCGCAGACUUCCCGAUAAUUGCGAACCUGCUCUACUGGCCUGGCUGGAAGCUGGUUUCAUUCCUUUCUGUCUAUGCCGCGUGGAUCAUAGUGGCGGCAUAUGGUGGCUGGAUGGUGACCUACGGAUCCAUGGCAGUCUUGGAUAAGGCUCUGGACGCAGAUCCCUGUGCCAACCACAAGUUCCUCGAGCAGCAAGAUGCAUUCAUCCUUCGGAAGAUUGAGAAUCCCAGUUUGAGGAUUGGGAAGCUGGACAGUGGCUUUCAAUCCGAACACGUGACGGUCAAUGAGACAAAGACCCAAGGCCUGAAAAAGCCAAAGAGGAAAUUUAUGGCAUUGGACGUCUAUGAAGCCAAACAUGGUACUGCUGAUCCGCUGAAAGUAAAAAUUCAGCGCAUCGAUGGUAUUGCCAUCAAGGGGGUAGAUGUGAUUGAAGAUGGGGACAUUGGCAUCUACGAGUACAUUGACGAGGUGGCCAACAAUGUGACACGCUCCACAGCUCUCUCUGACCCUGACCUGGUACUGUCUAGGGACCAAAACGCGACCAUCUUUUCGGCGGUGGCUAAACAGCUGACAUCUGCACCCGAUUCAUCCUGCGUCGUGAUUACGACUGGCUCGUCAUCAGCUGCAUCUGGCAUCAAGAGUGCCGACGACAUCAUCGGCGAUGCGGCUUCUGGUGACAAGGACACGGUCUCUGAUGGUGAUGAUGAAGAAGAGGAUGAAGCUUACCAGCCAUUUGCAGACUUGUUUGGUCGCUUGAAAGCAACGUCUGCCAAGGCGAAAGCAGCUGCAGGCAAGGCACAGACGUCGUUGGUGGGCAAACCACAGACGGCUCCAGGAGGCAAAGCACCAGCAGCAAAAAAAGCAAAAUGUCAGGCACGCAACAAGCGAGCAGAACCAGAGGCUGAAGUGCCCAACGUGACCCCAGCGAAGGCAAAGGCACUCCGCACUUCAGCUGCUGCAGCUGAGAAGGCUGAGCCACGCGAGUUGUGUCGUGAUGAUGCAGACGUUGUCGAGAAGUUUAAGGAGCAGAUCAACCAGUUCUGUGUCUUGAAUGUGGGCGCAGCAGAUGAUGAUGCAUCAUUCUCGGAAUGGUCCAAGGACAAGCUGCAGCUGAUGUCAUCGCUGAAGACACAGAUCGGCAACAAAAAGAAAUCAUCCAACCGUCGCAGCAAGGACAACACCUUGAGUGCUGAACUUGAUGUGCUGCUGACUGACCUGAACAAGAUCAUUGACCUUGUGCGGAAGUUGUCAGCUGGUACGUCUGAAGGCAGAGCACUGUACGAUGCCAUUACGGAGUUUCAGGAGCUGUCCUUGUGCCCGACAAUCUGGAAACGUGUCAUGCGAGCAGUGGCAUUCGAUGCAUUGAAAUUAGUACAGUGGGAUGCCUUCUUCACCGAGACCUAUGACCUGUGUGUCAAGCAUGUCCCGGAAGAGUACGCUGAACUCUUUCAGCUUCUCGCUUCACAGUUGCUGCAGCGUCUCCUUAAGGCCAUUCCCAUGAACAAGCCCAUCACAGCUGAGACAACGGCCUACCUCAAAGCGUUUGUGCUAAAGGCCCUCGAUCACCCCGAAAAGACACAAUCCAUUCACUGGACUCGGGAGGAUCAUGUGGACUUUCUGAAGUCGAUCCGGGAUGUGGUUGACUUCAGCAGAUCUCCUACUGUGGUCAAGAACGCCAUUGCCAGGCUGAAAGCAGAUGAUGGGGACAAUAAGCACUGGGCAGCCUCGUCAUUCCAGCUGCCGCAGGGCAAGAAGCUGUUCGAGGCUGCCGUGGCGAAUGCAAACCACAAGGAGUCAGUGUCAGGUGUGCUGGAUGCGUUGUCAGAUGCGGAAGAGCGUCUCUACAAGUCAGCAAUUUGUACAAUUGAGGCACCAUUCAUGGAGACCACCAAGAAAUGGUUCGAUGCCAGCCAUGGCCAGAUGGUUUCUGAUGCGUUGUUGAAGGUGACACACAAAAAGAUGAAAUCUUUGAAAGGUGCUGACAGGGAAAAAUUGGAGCGUGUCCAGACCAUGGCCAAGACCGGAGCCGUGGCCAUCGUCUUGGCCUACGUCAACUACGAGAUGCUGCCCUACCUGGACCUGUGGACAUCCAACCUCAAGGAGAAGCAUCGAACCAUUGAGGAAAUGAUGAAUUCAUCAUCGUGCAUCAUGCACCUGGCGGAUGCCUGCGGACACGGACUGGAAGCUUUGAUUGGCAUGUUCAAGGAUAUCAGUGCCUUCGUAAAAUCUACGGAUGACAAACUCCGUUCGUCGGACAAAUCAGCAGAACAGUUGGCCGCGCUGCCAACAACCUGGGAGGUCAAGACCAAAGCAAUGAUUGCAUCACUGUCAGCUUGUGUGUCCAAAGCUGAAGCAUCCGACCAAGCCACGGAGCUCGUUGAGCGUGUCAGGUCCGCUGUGGCUGAUACUAGCUCCACACUGUCGACUGUGUUGCAGCAAGGGGUGCAAGAUGAUGCUUGGUCUAGUGUGAAGGUGUGCAUCAACUGUCUUGCGGAGGCAGUGAAUGGCGACAAAGCUGGGGCAGAGCUUCUGCAAGGUGAAUUUCCGAGUGCUGUGGAAGCAUCCAAGCUGUACUCCACGGUUCUGGGUGAUGAGGGUAAGGCUGUUCUUGCCGGGGUUGAUGCCAUCUCUCUUGUGUUGAACGUCAUGGUGCUGGAAGGUUCACUUGAAUGUGUGGAUGCAGAUGAGAACACCUUGAUCACAUCACGUCAUGAGUUCAUUCAAGUCACCCGGACAAUGACAAGGUUGACACUGGAGAAGCUGAUGGCAUCUGUGUCUGAGCUGGACAAGAUGAACACCAAGCUGCUGUCCUCCGAUGUCAUUACGAAGGCUACCUCCAUUUGUCAGCGGGCCAUCGACAAAGGCCAGGCCGAGUUUGUCAACAUCGUAGAGACAUGCAAGGAACGACUUUCAGGAGCGCUUAUCCCCGAAAGCAAGCUAGACAUGCCUGAGUUUGUCAAUCAGCUGGAAUCCUACGAACAACUUUCGUCAGACACAGUGAAAACCUACUUUGACAUGAAGGUUGCUGAGGAUAUCGCUGGGAAAACAUCGGAGCUGAGUUCUGCUAUCGAUCAUGUCAAUGAGAUUGCGAAAGCAUUGAGUGUGGAUAUUGCCGAGAUCAUGGAUAUGAGCAUCUACAACACAUGCUACACGAACGCGAUCCGGUGGAUGGCCACAUGCAACGUCCUCUACGUGCUGAUCUCGAAAGCAGUUUCUCGUGCGGUGAUGACUGGUAGCAAGCCGAAUGCAAAAGUGCAACUGCAAUUUUCUGAGGCAUCGAAACUCGCGUCGGAUCAGGGAGCGGAGCUCCCCGUAUGCAUCCAGGCUCUCAUCACCAAUCUUCAGUAA